GGCUGUCGUUGUCAGGGAUUAGAGUUACGCUCUGUCCUCGCUAUCCCUUUAAGAGGCUUUAACCACUGAAUCGGCUGGAGACCCGAAACACUUGUGGAGUUCCUCCGAGCUCCCACUUCAGUUUCGCUUCGUUUCGUGCCUCCCCCGCGUUAGUUUCUCCCGCACUUUAGCUUCUUUCGCGUUAGUUUAUUUGCGGCAGACUUGCGGCGACUGCAUUGCCUAUCAUGGCUGAGACAGGGAAAGGGGUGAACGCCGGGAAACUGGCUAGUAAUGUACAGAAGAGGAUAACUCGAGCACAAGAGAAGAUGAUGCAGAAGUUGGGGAAAGCUGACGAGACCAAAGAUACAGCAUUUGAGGAAAGUGUGGCUAACUUCAACAAGCAGAUGACUGAAGGCACAAAACUGCAAAGAGAUCUGAGGGCAUAUCUGGCAGCAGUAAAAACAAUGCACGAAAGCUCCAAGCGUCUGCAGGACUGUCUAGCAGAAAUGUAUGAGCCAGACUGGUUUGGGAAGGAGGAGAUGGAUGCCCUCGCAGAGGAGUUAAUAGAGAAGGAGAUGGAUAAUAAUCUGGAGGACACAGAUGUCCUAUGGGGAGAUUUCUAUCAGAAGCUUGUGGACAGUGCGCUCAUCUCCAUGGAUACAUACAUGGCUCAGUUUCCUGAAAUUAAGGCUCGUAUUGCGAAGCGCGAGAGAAAGCUGGUGGACUUUGACAGUGCCAGACAUCACUUUGCCUCCAUACAGAAAAGCAAGAAGAAGGAUGAGGCCAAAAUUGCCAAGCCCCUGGCUCUGAUGGAGAAAGCUGCUCCAGGUUGGGCUCAGGGAAUAAUCACAGCACAUCAAAUUGCUCAAACUAACCUCAGCAGAAGCCAGGCAGAGGAAGAGUUGGGGAAAGCACAAAAGGUGUUUGAAGAGAUCAGUUAUGAUCUCCAAGAGGAGCUUCCAACUCUGUGGAGCAGUCGUGUAGGUUUAUAUGUGACCACCUUUCAGAAUGUGGCGGGAAUGGAAGAAAAGUUCCACAGAGAGAUGGGCAAACUGAACCAGAAUCUUUUUGAUAUCAUGACCAAACUGGAGGAACAGCGAGAGGCCAAAAAAUCUGUCAACACUACCGGGAAGAGUGAAGCAGCCGCCAACCACAAUGCCACAGCAGCAUCUGAGUCAGACACAACUGUACCAGCAUCUAAGUUGAGACUGGGGCCACCAGUCCCACGGCCCCCCAGGCCUUCUCCAGCUAAAGAUGCGAAAACGGACAUCAUUAACCUGUUUGAGGACGCAGUGGUACCAGAUAUUAACGUUACCACACCAUCAAAGUUUGAUGCCCCCACAGUGGGCAAUCUACUGGAUAUGGACCUGGAUGCUAUGGAGGCAGUCAGCGCUCCACGAGACCCCCAGGCAGCCUCAUGGGACUCAUGGGAGCCCCAACCUGAGCAGACCUCAGCUGCAAGCAAGCAGCAGGACUUGGAUGAAGAAGCACAGCCUGGCUGGGAUGCUGAGGACUAUUCUUCUAAGAAGACCUGUAAAACCCCAAGUUGGGAUGAUGAGGGCACUCCGGCUGCGCAGGCUUGGGAAGACCACAGGGCUGCAGCAGAAACUGAGGCUUGCCAGCCCAGCUGGGAGGAUGAAGAGGAGGCAAGCUGGGGCGAGGAAGGGGCUCAGACUGAUACAUCUGCUACUACCCCACCAAAUGCUGCUACAACUGUGACCAAUGGUUCAUCAGAUGCUGAGGUUCCUUCAGGUGUUGCCUAUAAGGUGAAAGCAAUGCAUGACUAUGCAGCCACAGACAGUGAUGAACUAGACCUCAAAGCAGGUGACAUUGUACUUGUACUCCCCUUUGACAACCCUGAUGAACAGGAUGAUGGCUGGUUGCUUGGUGUGAAGGAGUCACACUGGCUCCUGAAUAAGGACCUUACUGCUAAAGGAGUAUUCCCUGAAAACUUCACCCAGAGAUUGUGAGCAGGAUGUCCAUAUUACUUCUUAACUUCACUGAGAUUUUUAACCACUCUUUUUCUUCGAUACGUUUUCUUGUGACAUCUUUGAAGAACAGGGCUUGUCUAAAAAAAAAAAAACAAACAAAAAAAACAAAAACAAACUAGAUUUUAUUACAAAUGCAGUUUUCCCUGCACUAUAGUGUAUGACGUGGGGGUGGAGUGUGCCCCAUUCUUCAGUUAUCUCAAUAUACCAUCAGGUCAGCACAGUGCAACACUAUUGUUGCUGGAACAAUAAAAGUGAUGUGUGGUGGGUACUUUUAAACCUUUUUUAUACGUAUUAAUUAUCUUGUGUGUGCUUGGUUUUAAAGCUAUGGAUUUUAGUGAGAUAGAGGAAUAGACACCGUGCCAGUAGGAUUCUUAUUACUGAAGUAAUAUGACCUGUAUCACUGCAGAAAUUGUUCUGUGGUCAAUUAAUUUAUGACUUGGUCGGAACUUGGAAACCAUUUUUUUGACUAGUUCUUGUUUGUGCAGCUUGCUUAUAAAAGGUCCUUCAUCUCUCCCACCUUACACUUUCUAGACUUUGUCCUGUGUGAAAGGACAAAUGAAUGUUCACAAACUUGGUUUUCCAGCUGUGGAGUAUUCCUGCAUGUGGAAAGCAAGAUUGACACAUACAGUUACAUACUUUAUAUACAUAUAUACUUGCAUCUUUUAAGUUUUUACUAUGUUUGUGUCUUUUAGUUCUAUUUUGAGGUCAUUGGUUAUGAAAAGAAUUUGACAAUAAGAUCAAAGAACAAAAACAGCCUGCCUGGGACAAAACCAGUAUAUUUGGUUAUAUUGUUUGAACAACUGAUUGUAUAAAACACCUACUGCAGUUCUUUUAAAUGUUUUUGUCAUUGCAUGAUAAUUUUAUAUUUCUUUGUUGAAUUGUGCAUAUCAUGUCUCAAACCUCUCUUGGAAAUUCUGGAGUAGACUGGACAGAGAUGCCAUCUCUCAAAUGAAUCUAGUCCCUAUAAUCUGCUAAGCUUUCAUUUCUGAUCUCUUCACCUCAGGUGAUGUAUCCCAGUGAUGGCACUUAGGGUCACUAUUUGGCCCCUUGUGCUCCUUCUGUGGUAACACUCCUUCAGUAUGUUUAAUCAUUUUUCCUGUCAAGCACAAAAAGUCUGAAGCUAUUAGUAAAUAAGCUGCUAACAUGUUGUGAAAUCAGGAAACCUUUGCUAGGCCUGAUUCUAAUGUCCACCUGUACUGUGACCUAUAACAUCCUUUAUUGCUGUUUUCUAACUCCUCUUCUACAAUCAACACAACAGUAAAGGCGUUUGUCUUUCUCUGUCCCACUGUCUUCUUCUUAUAAACAUGUUUACAGAGCUGCGAUUAUUGCACCUGCCAAGUCUCAAAGCAUUAUUUUUAUAUCUGGUUUAAUCUGGCCUAGAUCAGGAAACGGUCAGGCCCAAAUGAAGGACUGUUUCUUUACCUAAAUAAAUUGAACUAAAUGAGAACUGUUUAAAGCUGUGGGCAGUAGGUGGAUCUUAAUCUGUAAAAAUGCAAUGUCACAUUAGAAUUAAUACAAAUAAACAUUACAGUCAAAUCUAACAAGAAUAUCUUCUUCUUUCUAAAACAUUGUUGAUCCCUUUUGAGAUGUUUAGAACAUCACUCUGCUUCUUGGAUGCACCAGAGCUGUUGGAUGUUAUCAAUUUAGCUGAAAUUGAUAACAUGAAAUGGAAAAUAUUUGGCUGCUUUGAGGAGAAGUCUGGAAAUGGUUAAGCCAAGACAUUGACACAAGUAAUGCACAAAAUGACUGUUUAUAUUAUUCUAUGUUUAUUUGUAUUGAUUGUAAUGUUUUUGAGCAAAUAGAUGUUUUCUGCCAGGUAAAUAGCUUUAAAUCUAAUUUACAAAUUUGCAGCACUAGUGAUUUUUAAUGAAUUUGAAUGCUUUUGACACUGAAUGUUGAAUUUUGAGGGGAAGAAAGAACCAAUGUGUUCUUCUCCACAGUAGAUAAAUAGUGAUAAUGAUGCUUCUGCACAGUAGACCACCAUUCUAAUAAUGAUUAUAGAACGCCUGUUAUCAGAAGAAAAAGAAUAAGAAAAACAGAAAGGGUUAAGGAUUACACUUGGGUUUAAAAGCUUUAUCACACCGGUUAUAACAGCUCAUUUGAAACAUCCUGCAUGAUGAAACUGUUCUCUAGGAAGAUACAUUAGCUGCAAGUCAGAAGUCUUUGUUGGUUAUGAAAUUUGCCUUCAGACAAAGUUACGUUGAAUCUUUAUACAAGCAUCACUUCAUUAGUUACAGUUAUAUGAAAAAUGAAGACGUUUCGUCAUGUUUUAUUGAUUUUCUAAGUGGAAAAUGAGUAUACUUCACCUGCAAUUGCUGUUUAUCAGCUUAAUUUAAUAUUUGGGGAAAAAAGUAAAACAUAAAAUGUGGCCUGUGCAAAUGUCACGGCACAUUUUAUUUUUUAUAUGGUUUCUUUUUGAGUAUGUUAAACUCAUCAAUUACACGUAAAUAAAUGUUUUAAAUGUUAUUUUCACAUAGAAAAUCAACAAAACAUGACUUGAGGUUUUCAAAGUUUUGCGUACAUGAGCACGAUUUCUGAUUUUAUGAAGAAUGUGAGGCAGCUUGGGUUGAAUUGUUGAAACGUGCUGUGACUCUGUAAACGCACUCUGUCUCUGUCUCACAAACCAUGAGAAGUAUUUCAAUAUUAAAUGUUGAUUCUACACAUUGUA